AUGUCUGCCGCCCAAGAAUUCGAAGCUGCGAAUGCACAAUAUUUCUCGACCUUUAGCAAAGGAGAGUUACCCCUUCCUCCUGCUCGCAAAGUCGCUGUCGUAGCGUGCAUGGAUGCCCGUAUCGAUGUCUUCCGAACUCUCGGUCUCCAAGAAGGCGAUGCGCACGUAAUUCGCAAUGCUGGGGGUCGUGCCAGCGACGCACUUCGCAGCAUAAUAAUCUCCCAGCAGUUACUAGGGACGCGAGAAAUCGUCCUUCUACAUCAUACGGACUGCGGUAUGCUAACAUUCACCGACGACGUAAUCCGAGCCAAAAUAAGCGCCGAGCUAAACCAGAAUGCGGAUCAUAUUGCGUUCUUGCCCUUUGCACAUUUGAAGCAGAGUGUUGUCGAUGAUAUUCGUUUCUUGAAGGAGAGUCCGUUGGUGCUCGAUGUGCCGAUUUCGGGGAUUGCCUAG